AUGCGCGCCCCGAAAUCCGCGCGCGCGUCCAAGGCGCCCGCGAGGACGAGCAAACCGCUGCGCGCGGUGGACAUUGGAAAACACUUCGUCGGCGGCGGCGACGUGAAGGCGCUCGUUCGGACGCGCGAUCGAGACGCGGACGGCGACGCGGACGCGAGCGAUGACGCCGCGAGCGAUGUGGACGUCGACGCGAUUCGCGCGUCGUACGCGCGAAGCGACAAACACGUGACGACGGCGGACGGGUUUGACUUCGCGCGCGGGUUCGAGCCGGAGACGGCGACGUGGUCGUUGUUCGGCGGUUCGGAUGCGCGGAAGGGAGAAGAUGGCGCACGGAUGACGACGACGACGACGACGAUGAUGAGGGAGGGAGACGAGACCGCGCGGCGCGGCGAUGGCGCGCGGGACCGAGAUGGGGUCACGAAGCGCGACGCCGCGAACGAAGCGCCGGCGAGACGGAAAAAACGUCGGAAAGUCGUUCGCGAUGUGCGCGAAAAGGUGAGCGCGGCGGCGGUUUUGGGGAUCGAUGAAAGUUCAGGUAUCGAUGCCAUCGCGCGCGCGUGGAAGGCGCCCGAGGAAAAGGAGAUGUUGGAGCGAUGGCACGAAGAGAGAGACGCGUGGCGGGAAGACUAUAAGCGCAAGAGGCGCGCGGCUUUGCGGCUUCGCAAGGGUGUCGGGGCGACGAUUCUGGCUUAG